AUGACGUGCUUCGUCACCUUACUGUUGCUUUCAACACUGCUUGUUGAAGGAGUGAAAUACACGAUCACUAAAACUGGAGGUGAGACAAUUCGCCAAAAUGCCAAAAAAAUCACAAGUGUGAGAGGCGCCAAAAAAAUAGUGAUCGAAGACGAGUUUGAAGUUUUUGAAAAAAACGUCCUGGAAAUUACCGAAAAAACUCCGAUUUUUCUAAUGGACCAGAACUACAGUUUGAGGAAAAUCAAAAGUGGGGUUUUCACUAACCAGGAAAUCACCGAAACUAUUGUGAUAACCAACAGCCAAUUGAAAGUGGUAGAGAGUGGCACUUUCGUGAACUUGAAAAUUUUCGAACUUGUGCUCAAGCAAAACCAAAUCACGCAUUUGGAAAAGCAGGCAAUCGUGGGUUUGGUUAACUUGGAAGUUAUUAAUUUGGCAAACAACCACAUUGUUGAGUUUUUUGCCGAUUCGAUCGUCUCCUCACCGGCUGUGUUUCUGGACUUGGCGUUCAAUCGCUUGAAAAAGUUGGGUCCGAAUUGGUUCAGUUUCAUGAACAGUGAAAAAGCGGUCACUAUUCUGUUGGAUAACAACAGAAUUGGGGAAAUACAUGUUUUGAGUUUCGAGGACGUUAUGUUGGACACACUUAACUUGCGGAGGAACAAAAUAGGGGAAUUACCGAGUCGCUUUUUUCGCGGUAAUUUGGCCAGGAUUUAUAUGCAGGACAAUAGUUUGGAAAAUCUACCGGAGGGUUUCUUCAAGUUGAGUCACUUAAUUCUUGGGGUUUUUACGGGAAAUCCUCUCGAUUGCCACACGCAGACGAGGUUGAAGCGAAUGGGAGAAGAGACACGGGCUCAAAUAAUUUUUGAACACAACUGUUAA